AUGUUAAUGUGGUUCAACUAUAUAAGUCGUUCAAAGACAUCUACAGCAUUUGUAUUGCUUGUUCACUUGUCACUUCACACAUUCGAUGAAGGACAGGCUGUCGAUCCAAGUUGUUUGUGUAUACGCUUCACGUCUACCUAUGGGAAGGAGCGAGGAACAUUCAGCAGUCCAGAUUAUCCACGACCUUACUCCAGACAAGCUGCGUGCGUUUUGUAUACCUUUGCCGCGUCUUCGCACCAAAUUGUGGAGGUCCUUUUCACAGACUUCGACAUUUACAAAGAAAAUCUCGACUGCACGCGUGGAGACUUCGUCAAAGUCUACUCCGAGGUUGGUCUCCACGGUCCAGGCCCACCUGGUAUCAACGAGUAUGCGCUCUGGUCCAGAGUUUUAUGUGGUAGCAGAAUGGACGCGCCACCGGCUAUUUACUCCCACGGACCGGUCCUCGUGCUAGAAUUAAACGUGGGCAGUAAAUUAUCCAAUGCCACGGGAUUUAUUGGAACAUUCAAGUUCAUUGACCGACGAAAUUUUGAGACCGACGGUGUUCAUGUUCAAGAUACUUGGUGUGACUACGUGUUCGAUUCGCAUCCAAGUAGACCUCCAUACGGUCGAUUCUAUAGCCCCAGAUACCCCUCCAGCUACCCAAGUAACAUUCGGUGCAGUUAUCACUUUAACGCAAGAAAAAAUGAACGGAUUAAGUUAGUAUUCGAAGAAUCUUUUCUACAGAAAGGGGAUGAAAGUUGUCUUAACCGAGCAGAUGUGAUCAAAGUGUACGAUGGAAGAUCUUCAGCGGAUCCAGUUUUAUCGAUUAUCUGUAAUGAAAUUGUUGGCUACGAAAUCCUGUCAACUGGUGCGGAACUUUUAGUACAAUUUACAGCCAAUUCAAAUAUCUCCGGACAGGGAUUUAAAGCGAGAUACCAAUUUCAAAUGGAAGACAAUUCAAGUGCAGACUUGAACACGUUAAAGAAGACCAUCGAUGAGUCAUUUGGGCCAGCAGUUAGUGCUGCAACAAUUUCUAGCUGCCAUCAAGUAUUCAGUAGCGAUAAGAGCAAAAACGGUACGCUUAUGUCACCCAAGUAUCCAAUGUCGUACCCUCAAAAAAGUCAAUGCCACUACGAUUUUCUGGGUCGAGGACGGGAACGAGUGCGGUUAGUUUUUCAAGACUUUAGUCUACAAACAAUCACGGGACAGAUGGUAGAUUGUGACAGCACGGAUUCGUUAGACAUAUUUUUGUACGUUGACGGUCGUUUGGAGAAAAUGGUUUCUUUAUGUGGGACCGAGCUACCGAAACCAAUAAUGUCAAACGGUCCCAUGUUAACCGUGGUAUUCAGAGGUAUAUACUCAUCUAGGAAUAGUCGAGGAUUCAAAAUAUCUUACGGCUUUCUUGAAGAUUACGCGAUUGCAUCGGGGAAGCAGCUUGCUGGAUUCCCGUGCGCUUUCGUAUUCAAUAGCAACGAUAGCGCGAGGGGGACCGUGACGUCACCGAACUACCCUGGAAUAUAUCCGCGCGACACCGAAUGCAACUACUUUUUCUACGGCAAUCGAGAUGAGAGAGUGCGGCUACAUUUCACAUAUUUCGAUAUCGAAGGUGUGAUCCCCUGUAAGGUUGUCUCAGCAAGCGACUAUAUACAAAUCUCUAGUCAGAUGAUAGAUCCGCAGAGUCCGAGAUAUUGUGGGCAGAUGAAGGAGCUCUAUGCGACGUCAGAGAAAAACUUUCUGAGACUUACUUUUAAGUCUAAUGAUAGACUCGAUGCGACCGGUUUCAAAGCGCACUACAUAUUUUUGAGGGACACCGUGAUGAACAGUAUCAAAAUGCAGGAUAUCGACAGCGGAUCCAUGAAAUCAGCUUUUACAAAGAAAUGGAAGUUAAUUUACACGAUGAUAGUAAUAAACAUGCUUAAA